AACUUAAUACUUAUUUCCUGGUCACAUGAGAUGCCUUCAUAUGACUAAUCACGUGGUUUUGAUGAAUAAAUGGCAUAGAACCGUGUUGCGGUCAAGUCAUUUCACCUCCACAGAAAGAAGAUAGGAGUCUACAAAAACAGAGAAAAUGUGGAAAGCAGCCUUUUUUGUAUUGGCUGCCAGUUUGUCGGUGAGCCUGGCCAGACCUCGAUUUCACCCACUGUCCAGUGACAUGAUCAACUACAUCAACAAAAUCAACACCACCUGGAAGGCUGGUCACAACUUCCAUAAUGCAGACUACAGUUACGUGCAGAAGCUCUGUGGUACGCUGCUAAAAGGACCUAAACUCCCUGUCAUGGUUCAGUAUGCUGGUGACCUGAAAGUACCUAAAGAAUUUGACUCCAGAGAGCAGUGGCCAAAUUGUCCAACCAUUAAAGAGAUCAGAGAUCAAGGGUCUUGUGGAUCAUGCUGGGCCUUUGGUGCAGCAGAGGCCAUUUCAGACCGUGUGUGUGUCCAUAGCGCCGGUAAAAUCAGUGUGGAGAUCUCUGCUGAAGAUUUGCUGACCUGCUGUGAUAGCUGUGGCAUGGGGUGUAAUGGAGGCUACCCUUCAGCAGCUUGGGAUUUCUGGACUGAGCAAGGGCUUGUCACUGGAGGCCUGUAUAACUCUCACGAAGGGUGUCGUCCAUACACCAUCCCUCCCUGUGAGCACCAUGUAAAUGGCAGCAGGCCUCCCUGCACCGGUGAAGGAGGAGACACUCCUGAAUGUGUAGCGCAAUGUGAACCUGGAUACUCCCCUACAUACCAAAAAGACAAGUACUUUGGGAAAACAUCCUACAGUGUGUUGUCAGACGAGUCACAGAUUCAGGUUGAAAUCUCAAAGAAUGGUCCUGUGGAAGGCGCAUUUAUCGUCUAUGAAGACUUUCUGCUUUACAAAUCAGGAGUUUAUCAGCAUGUUUCUGGAUCUGCGGUUGGUGGUCAUGCUAUUAAGAUUUUAGGCUGGGGAGAGGAGGAUGGCGUUCCCUACUGGCUCUGUGCCAACUCCUGGAACACUGACUGGGGCGAGAAUGGUUUCUUUAAAAUUUUGCGUGGGUCAGAUCACUGUGGCAUUGAAUCUGAGAUUGUAGCUGGCAUCCCAAAGUAGAUGUUUUAACUGAUAUAUUUUUGGGGGAUUUCUAGAGGAUGAUGCACUCCCACAUUUUACAUGCAACAUUAUUUUAGUCAUAUAUUUUUUAACAGUCUUGUUGUUCACAGAUGCCUAAAAUUAAACCAUAAUCUACAUGAUGAUUGUUAGGGACUGCCAUCGCUAGAGUAUUGCCUUAUUGCUGCCAAACAAUAUCUCCUAAAUUAGCUGGACACAUUUUUAUGGCAAUUCUUUAUAAUAGUAUUUCUAAUGUGUGCAUAUAUCUUGGCUGUUAAGUGUUAAAUUUUUGUUUUACUGUCACUGUAAUGAAGCACUUCAUGAGUGUGUAAAAAAUAAAUAAACUUUGUUUUUUGUU